CAUUCACAUUCGUGAUUUGUGACUCGGGAUACCUGAAUAUCAAGCCAGCAGGUCGAGCGGGUCACUCUGAGGGUGAUCCUGCCACCAUCAUUCAAUAUUGCUGGCUGCCUGUUCGUUACCCGCCUUGGUGCAUGUUGCUGUAUGCUGCACAGCGCUGUGCUUCUGGCCAUCGAACGACAAUACGCCCGCAUAGCAACGAAGACGGUGCGAUCCGCAGAGCUCCUGUCAACAUCUUCUCGCGCUAUUACAAGACCGGCCAGCGCCAAGAUCUAGAGGGCAUCUUUCUAUCUAGCGUCGGUCUCGCAUUUGACGCUGCCACGAUCCUUUGCGAACAUUCUCAUGACCUGGAAGCUCACAGUCGUGAAAGGCCCACACAUCAUCACUUGUGACAAAGGUAUCCUCGCCGAGUCGGCAAAAUGUCUGGCAUCCCUUCUCGGCUUCAACAACCUUCGGCCUUCGGUGGCUCACCUCGCAAAAGCGUCCCGAGCAGCAACCCCAGUGACACGACAACGGCGACGAACGAGUCAAAGCUGCCAUCUCCGUCCUUGGCUUCCCGCUCGACCCCAGGAGGUGGCAUUCCCGUGCCCUCCGGACCUACCUCUUCAGCCGCUGCGGCGCCAGGCACAGGUCGUCGAUCUCUUCCUGCUCCUUCAUCGUGGCAUCACCGAGGUGUCUCAGAUGAAGACCGGGUAGAUACACCAUCACGCUUGAGGCAUCCUCAGCUAUCAUCUUCGAUAGCUCCUGUAGCAGCUGGCAAAUCCGAUUCGCCCAUGCCUCUUAAAUCUGCGGCCAGUGCUGGGACUGCUUUGCCUCGGACUCCUGCUCCUCGAAGGUCGUUGGCUCCCAAGGGUAGCUUCGGCUCGCGUACGCCCGGCUUCGGUGCCAGCACUGCCCCAGAAGCUGCGGUGCCACCACCGCCCCUGCCUAAACAGUACGAGGCCAGCACGAUAGCAUCCACGGCUCGGACUCGCGAGAGGAGCAACAGCACAAAGGCAUCGGAACCGAUCUCCAUCGCGGGAGUUGAGCUGGGUCAGAUUGCACGCUUUGUGAGCGAUGGCCAGACCCUGGAAGGUAUCGUACGGUAUCUGGGUCGUAUUACCGGCAAGAGCGGAGACUUUGCCGGUUUGGAGCUGCUGGGCGAGAGCGAAGGAAAGGGAAAAAAUGAUGGCAUCGUCAAUGGGGAGCAAUAUUUCGCGUGUGGACCGCUCUGCGGCGUUUUCUGCAGACCGCACCAACUUCAAGUGCUUCGUGAUUCUGUCAGCAACGAAGCUACUGCCAGACCUCAAAGUGCAAUGUCCCAUAGAAGUGGGAGAUCAUCGGUGGCUGGCGAAGCUUACAGCGGAAGAUCUUCAACGUCGAUGAGCAUGAGGAGAGCAGAUACACCGGAAGGUCCGCGUGCGAGCAGACCUCCCUCCAGUAUGGCCAACUCGCUCCGUCGACCGGCCUCCCGCCUGUCUCUUUCGGCUUCGCGCAAUGCGUCUGCUACGCCCCACUCCAGACCUCCGUCUUCAAUGUCGCAAACAAGCGCAACCAGCUCAAGACCAGACUCGAGGCUUGCACCUCGCAAAAGCCAUGCGGACCUGUUGCUGGACGAAGAUGGUCGUAAACGAGCGAAGAUAAGCGCAAAGGCCGCAGCGGAAGCAGAAGCGCGCAUUCGAGAGGGUAGCAGGGCGUCAAAGUUUAUGAAGGCCUCGGCUGCUGACUUGGCUGCGAAAAGGGAAGCGGGAAUGGAAGAUGCCGGCGGACCGCGCUCGACUAGUCCCCUGAAAGACUCCUUGAUGGGACGGGCUCGUUCGAGCCUCGGAGGUGCUGCUGGGGAGGCAGCGAAAGGCGGGGUGGCGGGAGCUCGAUGGCGCACGUCUGGAGCUGAAGCACCUGGCUCACCCCACGUCACUCCACGGCCUAUGAAAGCUCGUUCUAGCGGUCCCGCUCUCACCGCAGGGGACAUGGGUCCGCCCGGCAGUCCGUCUCGCGCAAACGGCGCUUCUUCCCCUCGGAAGAGCGUUGGAAGUCGCCCGACCAGCUCUCUUUCUGCGCACAUGGCCAACGCAGAUGGUGAAGAUGAGGCGCGCACCCCGCUCAAGUCCGUCAUGGCUAGGCUCAACGGGCAGACUGCGGCGGGAUCGGAAAGCAACGAGCAGGUUGCUGGUCGACGCGGCCACACCGCCGAACGCUCCAGCGUCCAUUUGCUUCUGGAGGAGAUGGACCUUACUCCUCGACGACCACCCACCACUGAUUCCAAGCGGCUCUCCACAUCGACCCGCCACGAUCCUUCAAUCGCUUACCCAGUCAGCAGUGAUGAAGCAGACACACGCAGUCCUAAGCGCGAGCGUAGUCGGAGUCGCAGUCCCAUCAAAGCGGGUGUGUCUAGCUUUGAGCAUGAAGAGCUAAAGAUAGAGCUACAAAGGCUCAAGGAGAACAUCGAAAAGCUGGAGACGUCGGCGUCUGCUGCUGCGUUGGACCAUGCGCGAGACAAGGAGCGUGUCCGAGCAUCGACGGCUGAAGAGACGCGCAAAGAAGUCGAGGAGGAGCGCACGGUCGAGAAAGCAGACGAAGCUCGCAGACGACGAGAAGCCGAGGAGCGCGAAGCCGCCAACAAACAGCGAGCAGCACAGGUACACGCGGACGAAAUGCAGCGGGUGCAAGCGGAGGGCGAGAGGAGAGUGGCAGACGUCGAGAGUCGCCUCAAGGAAAGUGAGGCGCUGGUCAAUGAUCUCAAAGCAUCCAUCGGCAGCUCCGAAAGGGACGGAGAGGCGCUGAAAGCGAAGGAGGCGGAGAUCACGCACCUCAAGGAGCGCGCGCAGCGCGUGGAGCAGACACUCGAGGCUGAGCGAGAGAAGGCGAAAGCCGAGAUCCAAGACCUGCUCAAGAGCGGAAGCGAGAUGAGCGCUAUUUAUGAGGAAGAUGCGAAGAAGAGAGAAGAAGAGGCCGAACAGCGCGUGCAGGACGCUGAAGCUCGUCUGCGAGAAUUCGCGGACAGGGCUCAGACUGCUCUUCGAGAAGUGGAAGCUCAAAGAGAGGCGGCGCUUGCUCAAGUGGCGGGACGCGUGACUGCGGCUCCGGGCAGCGCGGCUGCCAUCGAUCUGCAAACCGCGACGGAGCAGCUCGCGCACGAAAAGGCCAAGGCGAGCGCGCUCGAGGACCAAUUGGAAGAACUUCGACACAAGCUGGAAGAGGAGAGAGAGAAUGCUCGGAAGAGAAAAGAGCGCACUAUGGAGGCGGAACAGAAGCUGCGCGAUGAAGGUAGGAAAGCCAAGGCGGAUGUGGCACGAAUGAAGCAGGACAAGAUGGAGGCUGAGAGCAAGGCCGAAGAGCUCGACCAUGCGCUUCAAGCUAGUCGUGCGGCGCUCGAGAGCGAGCGCGCCGAGCUGGAAACCAUGCGAGCUGAGGCUCAAGGUCUAGGUGGAGGACCGAGCGAGGUGGAAGAGCGUGCAAGCGCAGACAAAGCUCGGCUGGAGGGCGAAAUUGAGAGGCUCAACACUCUUCUGGAAGCAGCGCGUUCUGGCAAGCGAGAGGCGAGCAAGGAAGCCGGAAGGUUGCGCAUCGAGAUGGAGGAGCUGCAAGCGAACAUUGCGGAGCUACAGGGACACUUGCCCGCUCGUGCUUUCAAGUCUCCUGCAAUGUCCGCAGCGGCUUCGGCGCGCAUGUCUCGAGAGAUCAGCAAUGCCAGUCCGAGGCCUGGAACAUCUCCGUCAGUUGAUUCGGGCGCCUUUGCAAACGGUACCGAAGCGGCUGGAACCUCUCCCUCGUUGCAGCACUCUCGGCGUAUCUCGAACGCAAGCUCCACUAGUCGACGCUCUCGAGGCUCUCUUGGGCCUUCUGCUCAGUCUGCGAAGGACGAACUCACGGGUUUGCGCAUUCUUGUCGGCACCUUGAGCGAGGAGGUCAGCGGCCUAAAGGUGAGCAAACAAGAUCUACAAGCUUCUCUCGAAGAGACCCGCCACGAGCUGUUGGCUGCCCGAGAGCAGAGGUCGACGCUGGACCACCAACUUGCAGAUCUAACCAGAGAGUUGGGCGCUCAAGGCAAAGGGGACGUGGUCAAGCUUACGACAGAGCUCAACGAGACCAAGGCGGCCCUUGAUCGCUCACUCAAGUCCAUCGAGACGAUGGAACGCCAACUCAAAGAAGCCAAUGAUGCGCACGAGCGAAGCCGAGUCUCUUUGCAACAAGAAAUCACAGAUCUGGAAGCUCUCUGCGAAGCCUCGGUUUAUCGACGAGAUGAGCAGCAGCUCAUCUGCGAGGAGCUAGAGCGCAAGGUGGCCAAGCUGCAAAGACAGAUUGAGCGAAGCUCGAGCUCCGCGUCGCUUGUGGCAGACAAGACCGCAAACGAGCCGAUGCAGGAGACCAAGAAGGUCAACCCACCGAAGUCUUCAAGAGCGAAUGAAGAUGAUGUCUUCAGCUCGACGAAGGCAGACGCGCAGCAGGAGCAAUCGACGAACGGGACGAUCGAAACGACGAGAGUUGUCAGAACAGAGCAGCCUGAGACGCCUGCGCCUGCAGCGUCCGUUCCAACUACGCAGGCGACAUCGACCAACGUUGACGACGAUGACGACGACAGACCAUUCUGCGAUGAUUGCGAAGAGUAUGGACAUACCCUUGAGCAAUGCACCAUCAAUGAUGUCUUCUGAGGUAGCGCAGACUCAUCCUGCCUUAUUUACUAUGAUUCGACUGUUGCAUCAUCCGCAUAUUUGCUAUUUCCUUGCGCGCCUGCGCUAAUCUGUGCUAGCGAGCUUACUUCGCUGGACAAGUCUCCUCAGACUCCACAAACCUCCGCUUAAGCUGCCUGGACCUUUUGCCUUUAUUUAUCAUGUUAUACCUUUUCAAGCGCCCUUGAGGCCGACAACGAGCUUUGAUGAAAUCAUGACGUCCG